UUCCAGCCCUCUAGCCUCCCACUUCAAACUCACCACUCCCUCUCUCUCUCAUCUCUCUCAACAUGGCCAACCUAGUAACUUCAUUUAUGCUAUGGUUAUGCUUGAUAUCAUAUGCUUACACUACUAUUCAUGCUGCUCCAGAGUGGCCUCGAGGGAGAUCGACCAGGUUUUAUGAUUUCAAGAUUCAAACGACGACAGUCGAUAAACUGUGCAACUCUAAGCAAAUCGUGACAGUCAACAAUAUGUUUCCCGGACCAGUUGUUUAUGCCCAACAAGGCGAUAAAUUAAUCGUAAAAGUUAGUAACGAGUCACCUUACAACGCCACUAUCCACUGGCAUGGAGUCAGGCAGAUACUAUCAUGCUGGUUCGACGGACCUUCGUAUAUCACCCAGUGUCCGAUUCAACCUGGUCAGACUUUCACAUAUGAGUUCACAUUGGUGGGGCAAAAGGGCACCUUCUUCUGGCAUGCUCAUGUUUCCUGGCUGAGGGCCACAGUUUAUGGUGCCCUGGUCGUAUAUCCAAAGCCUGGGAUCCCAUACCCAUUCAAGUACCCAUACGAAGAGCAUAUUGUAAUUCUAGGGGAAUACUGGCUCCAGGAUAUUGUACAACUUGAGCGCCAAGUCGUAGCAAGCGGGGGAGGUCCUCCACCAGCAAAUGCGUACACCAUUAAUGGUCAUCCUGGCCCUAACUACAAUUGCUCUGCUAAUGAUGUGUACAAGAUCGAUGUGGUCCCUGGGAAGACCUACUUGUUAAGGCUGAUAAACGCAGGCUUAAACAUGGAGAACUUCUUCGCUAUUGCUAAUCACAAAUUAACAAUAGUGGAAGCCGAUGCUGAAUACACAAAACCAUUCACCACAGACCGUGUGAUGCUCGGACCAGGCCAGACCAUGAUCGUCCUAGUUACCGCUGAUCAGACAAUUGGAAAAUACUCCAUGGCCAUGGGACCUUAUGUGUCAGGUCAAAACAUUCCAUUCCAGAAUAUAUCUGCAAUUGCGUACUUCCAGUACGUGGGAGCAAUGCCUAACAGCUUAUCUUUACCAGCUAGAUUACCUAGCUUUAACGACAAUUUGGCUGUUAAGACAGUCAUGGAUGGCCUAAGAGGCCUAAACACUUCCGAUGUUCCAAAAGAGAUUGAUACCAACCUCUUUCUUACCAUUGGGAUGAACGUUAACAAGUGUACGUCCAAGACACCACAGCAGAACUGCCAAGGCCUAAAUAAUGGGACAAUGGCAGCUUCUAUGAACAAUAUCAGUUUCAUCAAGCCAACAGUUUCAGUUUUGGAAGCUUAUUAUAAAGGAAUUGACGGGUUUUUCACCGAUAACUUUCCCGGGGCACCCUUCAGAUUCUAUGACUUUGUCAAUGGGGCCCCGAACAACGCUCCUAACGACACCAGCUCGAUGAAUGGGACUAGGGUCAAGGUCCUUGAAUACGGAACCCGCGUGCAAAUGAUCUUGCAGAAUACUGGGACGGUAACAACUGAGAAUCACCCUAUUCAUCUUCACGGCUAUAGCUUCUACGUUGUGGGUUAUGGCGCAGGAAACUAUAAUCCGCAGACAGUAAAUCUAAAUUUAGUUGAUCCACCAUACAUGAACACAAUUGGAGUUCCAGUGGGUGGAUGGGCCGCCAUUCGAUUUGUUGCUGACAAUCCUGGUGUUUGGUUUAUGCAUUGUCACUUUGAUAUACACCAAUCGUGGGGGUUAGGUACGGUUUUUAUAGUGAAGAAUGGGAAAGGGCACCUCGAGACUCUCCCUCAUCCUCCAGCAGAUCUGCCCCGCUGCUAGGGCCGUCAGAUUUUUCAAUACAUAGCACAUGAAGAUGGAUGGAUGGAUGUGAUCUUUUGAAUCAUGGAUUCUUUAUCAGCUAGUGUAAUAUGCGUGGUCAAUUUCUUUCAGAUCAUCAAUUUCUGGGUGUAAAGAGGGGGGAAAAAAGAACCAAUAAACUUCUCCAUUUCCUU